UUUAAUCCUUCAAGCGUUGGAAGACAUAGGACAGUGGUACCCAGGGCAAGGAGGAGGCCCCAGCAGCUGUCUCCAGGGCAGCGCUACUCGCCCCAGCAGCCGCAGCAGGGAGGAGGCGGUUUCCCUAGUCCAUACACGAGUCCGGGCUCCCCUCACCUGGGCUCUCCCAGCGGAGGCAAUGGGCCCCCCAGUGGUCCCCACGGCCCCAGGCGGCCUCCCUCCAGCAGCAGAACCCCAUGCUCAAUGCCCAGCUCUCACAGGGUACCUUCGGCGCGCAGCAGCAGCAGCAGCAGCAACAGCAGCAGCAGCAGCAGCAGCAGCAGCAGGCGCGCUUUGUGAGCCAGGCACGGCAGCCUCAGCCCCAGCAGCAGAUGGCCGGUGGGGGCCUGCGGCAAGUGGUCAUCCUGGAGCGGGCCUGGCUCGGAACCAGUCGCCCUUCGGGGAGCAGUUUCCUUUUGCUCCAGCCACCAGGGGGGGUCCCUCUCCCGGUCCCCCUCCUCCCCAGCACGGUCGACUGCAGAGGGCUAUGUCUGUACCAGCGGGUGCUCGGGUGAAUUCUCCGCGGACACCGCAGCAGCAGCCCCAACCUCAACCUGGCUUUGGGAGUGACCAGCUCCUCUCACCACCUGGGCCCCAGAUGUCUCCGGGGGCCGCGUACGGUGCCGCACCCGCAUCCUCAGCGCCCGUAUUUGGUCUGGACGCUACGUCCCAGUUCAACUUUGAACAGCACUCUCUACACGGGUUCGCGUCCGACAGGAGUCGAGUCGGGGGCAGCAUGCCGUCUGAGUACGUACGCCAAGAACUCAGGGCCAUAGUUGGAGCCCGAACGCAGGGACAGCAACAACAGCAGCAGCCUCAGCAGCAGCAGCAGCAGGCCCUUCAGCAACAGGGGGGUGGUGUCCGGGGCGCUGGUGGGGGGGGCUCCCUGUUACAAGCUGACCUCGAAGCCCUGGGCCUUCAGCUGGAACUCGGGGGUGCACCUUCUGAGCCUGGCUCCCCCCUCUUUCCAUUGCUGGCACCAUCCGACGCUCCACCAGCACAGCCUACACCCAGGGUUGAAGACAAGCCCAGCAGCGACCAGCGCAAGAGCUUGCUGCAGCAACUGCUCUCCGAGCCCACCUAGGGCCAGCUGGCCGGAGAAGACGCCCCACAUCGCUGGCUGCCUUGGCGGGGCCUAGCCAACGGAUGAAGACGUCUCUCCAUCCCGCGUGUGUGUGCCGGGUGUAUGUGUGGUGCCGUACUGUGAGCGCCAGCAAGCUUCGUCUUGGAUCUGCUGUGACAGUGACCUGUGCCGCGUUGGUGGCGAUGGUUUAGGGGAGGGAAGAACAACGGCAGGACAGCCACUUUUGUUUUGUUGUGGUUGCCGCUGCGGACCUGCUCUUCGCCGUUGCCCCUCUGCCACUGCGCCUGCCAGCGGGACACCGGUGCGUGCUGUAACGGAGCAGUGCCGUGCGUGCCCCCUUGGUGGGAGGAGACCGGUGUCGUUUCUUGUUCUUGUUGUUCCUCAUCGAGUUCUGCCACCGUUGCGUGCGUGUGUGUGAUGGAGAAAAACUGACCGUGACGACGGCAGUGUCACGUGAACUUGGCCUCUCUCUUUCGGAGAAGGGAACUGCCGUAGCAUGUGGGGGGACUCAUCCCGAGCCCACCGCUCCUCAUUAUAUUUUCUUUGUACAUAUGUGUAAAGCAACGCCGUGCGUGCGCCCAUCCUCAGCAGUGUGAUGACGACACAAGACUGCCUUUCUUUAUUAUUUUUUUUUUUUUUUGCUGCUGCUGCAAGUGUAGUUUAGGGAACAGUGUUCAUUUUCCCGGUUUUUCCUCCUCCUCGCGUGCGGUUACUGUUAUGGCCGAUGAUGAUGUCUAUGUGGUUUGCUUUGUUUUCUCCCUCCUCCUCCUCCUCCUCCUCCUUCCUGGCCGCACUCGGCCUCGACCUUUUUUUUCUUGCUCCUACAGAGGCACUCGUUUAACUAAUACUACUACUAAGCGUUGUUCUUCUAUUUGUUCGCCCGUGCCUCCGGAAACACUUCAGUUCCUUUGACCUUCUGUUGCCGCUCUUAGCUAAACGUGUACAGUAACCUUCCUUGGCCAUUUUUCUCUCGCCUCUUCUCCUUCCUUCCCCUUUUUAGGAAAGAAAAGCGUCCUUGUUUUUGUUAUUGUUGAUGCGCACGUCAAGUGUGCCGGUCGCCCUCUCUCUAGGGGCGGGCUUCUUCUUCACGCCUGUGAUUUUUCUCGUGCAUGGUAAGGUCUCUCCCUCGUUCUCAGCAGGUCGUCGAGGCCGAAUCACCGGCUGCCCUUCCUUCGGCCCGGUUACACGGUGGUAGCAUUCGUGGCUUCGAGACCACUCCUCUUCGAGCUGUGCUGCCAAUCUUUGUUCUUUGAGCAAGAAAAACGAGCACAGCCUACUGUCCCUUUCUUUAGCGGGCUUUGUCAUUUUCAUAGCACCUUCCCCCCUCUGCGCAGCAACCUCUGUUGUUUGUUCGCCGGUUUAAGAAAAAAAUUUUUUUAAGGUGGAGCGGAGAAAGGAGGAAAGCGCCUGGUUAUGUGGAUGGAUGUUUUCGGCUGGCAGUGUGUUGGUGUUGAGUAGAAGAGAUGUUGAUGAAGGAGUCUGUGAUGGAAAAAAAAAAAACGCACCUUGGAGGAGGCCUUGCGAAGCACAGCGUUUUUGUCCGACGGAGGGGGUGUUGCGAGCUCACCUUACGUUUUUUUUUCUGUGUAGAUUGCGAUAUUAAGGAGGGGCCUGGGAUUUGUUGCAUGGUCGUCGUCCCGUUGUUCUCGCCAACUUCUUCUUUUCUUGUUGUUUCCCGUUGUGGAGUCUUGUUUUAGUUAAACUGCUCGCGUCUUGUUGCCACUCUUCUAAUCCCAUCUGGCCAACAUACAUAGCGUUAUAUAAACCAGCCGCAGACCGAGGGCAAUUUGCACCACCCCUCACUCCCCCCUUUUUUUGAGGAAGUGGGGCCGUCUACCUCACAGGCCACACGUUAGAGUGUGGCGUCAUCUCGCGGAGAUUUUUCUUCUUCCCCCAUUCCUCUGUAUCCCCCGUUUGUUCUACCCCAUGGGCUCCAGCCACGCUUUCCUUUUUUUUAUUUGCACUUCUUUAAUGCCUCGUGUACAAAUUGCCACAAAAGGGAGAGGGCUCACGUCUCACGUGAGCUCCACUUUCGGCAGCAGAGAUUGAUAGCCAUUUUUUGACUGCGACGGGCAGUUCAGGGUGUGUGGAUGGGUUUUGGGCGUCUAGACGUUUGUAGUUGGUCGUGUGAGGGUUUGUUUCUUGGUGUUUUCCCUUGCCAUGUGCACUGGCUUCAUAGUUGUUUUGAGGAAAAAAAAAAGUGAAUGUCGAUCAAUGGAAGCUGCUUGAAUGUGUCGCGGGGGUUCCCGUUGAGUGAGUGGAUUUACUACGCGGUUUCUCGGCUCGGAGGGAAACAGUGCUACCGUGCGCGUUGGCGAGCGCAAAUUUGAACACUAAGCCAGGACGGUCGCAGUUUUGACGCCCCUCGUGCACCGCUGGGAGAGUGUGUUUUGGUAUUUGCGAUGCGAGCUUUUGUUUGCAGCGUUUUUCGGGAAACCCUGGCUUCCCGUACUUUGCGUGAUGACUGGUGCGACUAAUUAGCCAUGGCGCGGCGCUCGACUUGGAGGUACCUACGGGCAUUCUCACUUAGAGGUGCGCAUUGCCGGAAAACUUGGUUGCGGUACUUGGUAGAGGGUGCCGGUAAAGCUUCUUUUCAUCGUCGUCUUCUCCUUUGCCUGUUGCUAACUGCGUAAGCGAUGCUCACUCACAUGAAGCCCUGCACCGAUAGGUGGCGGCAUACCGGUGGGCGACGUUCGCGGCUGUCCCGGCACCCUGCGCACCUUUUAUUACGAACUGGGCACUUGGAAUUUAUUAUUUUUCAGGCUGCUUGGCAUAAUGCUGUGAUGGUCUUCUCAGGCGGCGAGAUUCUCAACUUAAGAAAAAAAAAUUACCGGCAGACAGCUAGAGGGAUAAAAAAAAUGAAAGUGUCGUUGGAUAAUUUUGUCGCGUGCCUUUUCCUCUUAACCAGAAGCACUAUGGCAUGGAUGAGGGAGCUAGGCAAGCCCACCUCUCUUGUGUCGAAAAGAAAUAUAUAAGGGAAAAAAAAGGGGUGGCAAAUAACUGCCACGCACGAGGGGUGGUGUUCUCGCCGUGCUGUUGUCAGUGGUUGUUUUUUCUUUUUCCACUUGCGCUCCGUCUCGCUCUCCCCUUACUUUUUCUAGUAAAUAUUAUAUGAAUGAAUAUACAUAAAAUAUAUAUAUAUAUAUUAGAUACAUAGUCAUUUAUAUAUGUGUUACGAAGGGGCAGAGGAGAGGCACUUUUUUGGAGGAAAGGCUUAAGUAAGCGCACUUGCAAGAACAGGAGAAGAAAAAAAAAAACUUGCCGCGCUUGUGUAAUAGUCAUGCUGUGACAAGAGUACAAGUGGUGUCUUUCCUUCACGAGGUUCAGCCCUGACAAAGGUGCUUGUUCUUGUUUUGUUUUUUUUCUGGCGGCUUUUAUUUUAAAUCUCUUUCGGACAGACUGUCGUCUAGAUAGGUGCAGACAAUUACUUAGGUGUGUUCAGAGCUCCGUUCCCUUGGGACGUGGUAGAGUCUUUGUUGCGGGCAUUCUUCUGGAGCACGCAGACAAGAGGUUAAAAAAAAAUUAUAGGAAAAAAGGAAACGAGAAAACUGUCCACAUGCCUGCCUAAACUCUUCUUUGAGAAGCAGCUCAAAACAAAGAUGUCCGCUGCUGCCGGAGCUAUUUCCUUUUUCUCUACAUCUAGGGCCUUAAAAUCGACUGUUACUAUUCUGCUACUGCAUUACAGAUACUAUAUAAAUAUAUAUAUAUAUACACACACGCAAGACAGAGGACAAAACAGAUUAAAUAUAUAUAUCUAUAUACAUAUAUGUGUGGCCAUUUUGUGUUGCCCACUAGGGACCGAGGGGGAAAAAAAGAAGAUGCUAUUUCUCUGCUGGUGUUCUUUGAAGACAAAACAGAUUUAAGAGUAAAAAAAUAACUUAGCGCGCAGAGUGUUUUAUUGAUAUUUUUGUAAUUUGUGAUGGGCCUGCAUGACGAGUCUUUCUCUCCCCCUUGGAAUGUCCCUCCUCUUAGAACGUUGUUAGGCUUUGCAUCGCAAGCACUACCCCCCUCCUUCAUGCUGCAGCUAAGGUGCGUCUCGGCUUCUGUUUUAGCCGUCUUGUUUUUUUUUAAUCGUAAAACGUCUCAGUCUCAAUUCACCCGCUUUUUUGUCUUUAACUGGCACAUGAACAGGCUUGGAUUGGCUUGGCCGAUGUGGCUGGCCGGCCAGCCACUGCCGAGCUUAAGGCUGUUUCGUAAAAGAAAGCUUGGAGGAGUGAGAGAGCAAUAGCUAUCUUGCAGUUUUCCAUGCUUUGUUUUAGGUGUGUUGUCUCGUUCACCUGUACUGCCCACUGUUUCCUUUGAAAACUGCCACCGUUUGCCGCGACAGCUGUGCCGACCCCUUGUUUAAAGAAAAGGUGUGGACUCUGUGCAGACAUAAAAAACUAUGCGCUAGCCUCACUACUUAGCGUCUCAAGCCAGUGUCGUGUUUAUUGGGUGAAUUUUCUUAUUUUUAGAAGCUGUGUUCUAGGGGUGUUGGCACUGUGCAUUGUAAUGGCUGCAUGGCGUGGCAUAGUGCGCAUUGGUCUGCAGUAUUGAAUGCACCGAGAAAGGAAGCUGCGUUGUGCACUCUCCGCUGGUGGUUGUGGUGGAUUUUGGUGAAAACAAUCUCAGGACCUUGCUUGACCUUUGGCAAAAUGAAAAAAAAAAUAUAUAAGAAAGGAUCACUCCCCCGCCCCCCUUACACACACACAUACACCCCCCAGUCUUCUUUUGUACAGCGUUGUCUAAAGAUUGUCUGUCUGCGUAGGUCUCCGCUGUUACCACUGAUCUCGAUUGUCAUCAUGUUUGUUUGCCGAGCGUCCCUUGGCUUGAAGCUGCUGUGAUGUCGUUGAUGACUGCGAGCGAAGUUUUAUGAGAUUGAGUGCAGUCGUUGGGGGCCGUACGUUUAUGCCAGGCUUGACGCAGCUAUUGCCGCCGCAUUUGGCUCUGCUGCUGUUGCAGUGAAUAGCGCAAGUUUGGUUGAUGUCGUUGUCUACAGGAUUUUUCCUUUUCUCAGCAUUGUGCACUAACUCUGUUCAGUUAAUGGCUUGGCCAUCGCUCGAAAAUUGGUCAAGGGCGCUAGAAGCAUGCUCGAGAUUAAAUUAGUCGAAUUGAGUUUCAAUUUGCAAUUCUUCCGGCAUGCUCGAAGAAAGCUGUGGCUGCAGCGUGGCAUAAACAAUGCUGUCCUUGUAUGUGGACUGGUGUAGUAUUGGCAGAAGACAGCGGCAGCCGCUUUGUCUCCCCGGGUAGAGUUCUCGAUCUCGUGUGAUAACGUGUCCUGGGCUUCACAACGUGCACGCACCGACGAACGUUCGCAACUAGUACGUGUGCGGCGGGAUUAACCGUUCCACAUCUCCGUUACAGUGUUGCAUCCAUAGCUACAGGGGUGGCGUCUUGUAUGCGUUUCAUCAUAAAACGUCCAUCCUCGCCACAUGCCGAGGGUCGUGUAAACGUCACGGAUGGGGGACGUACGCGGGAGUGUCAACCAAUCACAUGCAUUGAGGACAAAUGUUCUGUUGUAGAACGCGUAAGAGAUUGCACCCCAGGCGAACCAUUCACGUCUAUCGAUUAAUGCUAAAGAGCAAAAGUGUUUGGUGGGAACACAGGUUAAGUUUCACGUUGUGCUGUUCUCGCAAUCUUGUGUGCAAAUGGUGCGAUCUACUUAAGGUGCGCGCUCUUCGUCGCUGUUAGGCACCCCGCCUAGGGCCCCUUCUGCCGCAAAGGUUUGCGUAGUUCUUCAGUUGGCGCACGUUCCGGUCUGGGCACGCUGUAUUAAGAAGGUUCAGCUCAAUCACCAUUGCCUGUCGUUUGUGAGAAUUGCACCAGUUAGUCAGUGCGCGGAACCACGCAGGUCGUGUUUCCAAGGGGCUGUUUAGGCGCAGACGUGUUUGCCCGUGGUCACGAGGUGUGUCCGGAACUGUUGGAACGAGUAUGUCGCCGCUGUCUGCUGCCUUUCCCACAGAGAGACUGGAUAAACGCAUCUACUUCAAUUUCGUUUGUUUUGCCAGGAUGCUAUGUAUAGAUGGUUGGUCAUGCCCGCUUUUGUUACUGCCAUCGUGCUGACUUCGAUUUUUUUUUUUAAUUCCUGCUGCGUGCACACGUUUUAGCUCUGUACGAGAAGGUUGUUUCGUUUUUUUUCCUCCACGCGUGCUUGUAUUUUUCUGCCCCUCGUGUACAGUGAUGAUGACGGCGAUGUUCGCCGCCCCCUCCUCCCCUCAUCCCCACCUGCCAAGGCUGUGUUUAUCUCCUCCCCAUGUGUGCAUGUGAGCAUUGAAAUGUUUUUGCCAGCACGAUGUGAGGGGCGUCUAUUAGUCUCUUAACCUUAAAAGAAAAUAAUGUUGUAUUAUACUUGUCUUUAUCGUUGGAGAGGCAAAAAAAAAAAAGCAGAAGCAUUGUGUAGUAUACGGAAAGAAAAAAAAAAGAUAGUGUUCUUGAUUUGUGGCAAUGCACUGUGAGUUUUUUGUUGUAUACAAAAUAAUAUACUAUUAAACAACAUGUAACAAAUUACAUGUCAAAGAAA